CUUUGAUCGCAACCACAAUCACCAGCAGAGUGUCGACAGCGAUGGGUAUCAAGAGAAGGACCGGUGCGACCAAAUCGCCGCCAAUACUGUCCCACGAGUUUGUGAUCGCAAAUCAUGCGGACAUUGUCUCAUGUGUUGCAAUGGUGUUUGUCCUGUGCCUACUGUUUCAGACGACUGCACCGAUUGCAACAAUGUUUGUCGCACUACAACACAAUAUCACUGAUGUGUUCACAUCGGAAGUGGUUCAAUACACGUAUGGCCUCAAAGAUCUUUGUAUUGUAUUCUUCUACUUCUUGAUCUCGAUUGUGAUGCACGCCGUAAUCCAGGAGUACCUCUUGGAUAAAGUGAAUCGUAAGCUUCAUCUAUCAAAGAUCAAGCACUCGAAGUUCAACGAAAGCGGCCAACUCUUGCUCUUCUUUAUUAUAUCUAUUGUCUGGGCGUCAGAGAUCUUGCGUCGCGAGGGUUAUCUCUACUCCAUCAGCAAACUGUGGAGCGAUUAUCCUCACCAGGAGAUGACCUAUUUGUUUAAGUUUUACUUCAUUAUACAGAUCAGCUAUUGGCUGCACGCUUAUCCGGAACUGUAUUUCCAGAAAGUAAAACGCGACGAAAUGGGCGCCCGUAUCACAUACGCCACAUUGUAUCUCAUAUUCUUCACUGCCGCUUAUCUCCUAAAUUUCACUCGUGUAGCCAUUUGUCUGUCAAUACUUCACUAUACAGUGGAAGCGUUGUUUCAUUUGUCUCGAUUGUUAUAUUUUGCCGAUAAAUUGCAAGUCGUUAACUACAGUUUUAAACUCUGGAAUGUAUUGUUUGUUUUAAUACGUUUGGGAUCCAUAACCCUAUCGGUGCUAACCUUUUGGUACGGAUUGGCUACACACCAGACCACACAAUUAAAUUUAACUGAAGGCAACUUUAAUACACAAAUUAUUAGAAUCAACUGUUUGGCGGCCAUUUGUCUGUUGCAGGCGUGGAUGAUGUGGAACUUUAUUAACUUUCAUUUACGACGAAUGCGCGAAAAGGCUGCCGAAGCGGCCGCUCUACGCAAAAAGGGUUCGUCAGGUCUUCGCAAGAAACCGAAGAAAACGGUUGAAGAUGUGAGCGAACUACCAGAAGUGGACCAAAACACGAAAAAAGGAUUAACUCAUCGGUCGGCGGCCGCCAAGGCAUCGCCGAAAGCCAAAUAGAUUCACUCGACUACGCUUCCAAAGUACUGACCACUUGUGCGAACUUGUGAUCAAUCGGUCAAUUGGGAUGUCUUCUGUUUUUUGUUGGGUUUUACAUUAAUUACAUUUUGUUGAUUUGAUUUGUUGUGAUUGUGAUCACUUAAAUUAGGAUUUAAUUUAAAAAAGUUAUUUAUUGAUAAAAAUUAUUUAUCAAUUUAUAUACAAGCAUUUAAUAAUACAAUUUAUUAAUAAAUCCUAUUUUAAACCGAUCCUAUCAUAAGCAACGAACUGUUCCCAAAUU